AUGGCGCUCAUAUUUCUUGCCCUGGCCGUUGGGGUCGGGCGUGCAAUGGCGCUGGCAAUCCGUGAACCAAUUCUUCGGUUUACCGACAAUGGGACAUUCCAGAUUGCGGUGUUCUCGGAUCUGCAUUAUGGUGAAGACAUUGAACACCCCCAGCUCGUCGUCAUCAACGGCGAUCUUAUCACUGGCGAAAAUACCUACAAGCACAACUCCAGCGACUACGUCGACCGAAUAGUGGCACCCCUCGUCAACCGCAGUCUGUUAUGGGCAUCGACAUAUGGCAACCACGACAGCGAAUUCAACCUGUCGCGACAAGAGAUUUUUGCACGCGAGAAAAGGUAUCCCAACAGCCUGACGCAGAGCAUGGUGCCUAUGCAUAGCUACAGCUCAGGCGUGUCGAAUUACUACUUGCCCGUGUAUUCCGCUAAUAAGAGCGACAUGACUCCGAAGGCCAUACUCUGGUUUUUCGACAGUCGAGGCGGCAACGAGUUUCAAACGGUAGAUGAGGACGGUAAAGUGGUUGCUAUCAACAACUAUGUUGAUUCAUCGGUAGUCAAUUGGUUCACCACGGCCCGCGACAAACUCAACGAUCUGCACAACACAACCAUUCCAUCACUGGCAUUUUUCCAUAUACCCGUCACCGCCAUGCUAGCAUUCCAACAAGGCCCCGGUGUAAACCCUCAUAAAGAACCGGGCAUCAACGACGACGAUCCACUGGACGAGCAGGGUCCCUCGGACGGCUCAUUCAACUACAAAGGCCAAGAUAAGCCUUUUAUGAAAGCCUUGGUCGAGACGAAGGGCCUGAUGGCUACAUUCAGCGGGCAUGAUCAUGGAGAUGACUGGUGCUUCAAAUGGAACAAAACUCUUCCCGAGAUGGAUAUCAAAGGUGACGGAGUAGUGCUUUGCUUUGAUCGACACAGCGGGUAUGGAGGGUAUGGUACCUGGACUCGCGGAUCGCGUCAGAUUCUUUUAGAUGAAAGGACACUGGGGUCGCAGACGGAGACAUGGGUCAGGCUUGAGCAGGGGAAUAUCUCAGGUGCUGUUGUGCUGAAUUCUACCUAUGGAGAGGAUUAUUAUCCCGUUGUUUUGGAUACGCACACUUGA